AUGCCUGGAACAAAGAUUAGUUACUAUUUUCCGACAAACCACUGGAAGAUCAUAUCCACCUUAUUGCUGAAAUACCCGGCUCUCUUUCUCGUAGCCGGCACUGCAAGACCAUUCGCUGUGCACGUGUCGGUUUUCCUAGAUAAUUCAACCUCCUCAUUGAAGGCAAAUAUUCUGUAG